AUGGAACAGCCAUUCUCGACGUCAAAAGUGACUGUCGAGUACUUCGAUCCUCACGAUGUUUACAAGCUACUCGCCCCUGGUUUGAUUCCUCGAUUACCUCUACGAAACCUGAACUGGCAAUCGCAUGCUGGACCUCUGCGAUCUAUCGAUACUCUUCACGUUGAGCUUCUUCAAGGAGAUGACCCUGCUAGUGCAGAUGCGGCUCCUUAUACCCUCCGACGAUCAGGGAGCACAGUAGACGAUGGUUUCCAGCAACAGAACUUUGGAAGCGGGACUCAAGCGCCAUCGGCUGAUCAGAUAGAUACCCAAGCUUUGCCAUCGAGGGCAAUUGGAAGUCAGCGACGACAUCAAAUUCCUGGUCUACGACGGACACCUUACCUCAAGGUACUGCUGGUACGAUGCGACGAUAAUGAAACAUACAAAACCUCUGUUCGAACCGAGAUUCGCGAAUGGAUCAAGGAACAUAUACCUUCUUCGACGAACCCGAAACGAAACAGCAAGCAGGAGAAGCACGAUGCUUUCGAUUACUUGAUCUUACACGUGGUCCUUCCGAAUACAGUGGCCUCGACACAGCCUCGAACAAGCGGACGGUCGGAGGGUGCUUCAGAGAAGAGCGGACCGCGAUGGCGUACCGGAUCGACACCUCUUUUCGAGAAGCUCCGUACUGACUUCUCUGGCCUUGGAAAGACAGCGCCAGAUAGGGUUGCUCAGAUCAGAAUUGGAAUCAACGAUCUCCCUUAUGAUCAGCUUCCGAGAGUCGUUCCCGCAGUGCCGACGGGCUAUCUGGAGGACGAGCACGAUGCCGAGAAUGCUUGGGCGGAGCUCAUUGCCAAGUUGAAGAGCCUCAUUCUUACAUCUUUCGACCAACGUGUGCUUCAAUAUGAAGAAGAUAUUAAAGAAAAGGACGGCCAACGAACUUUACCCGGGUGGAACUUUUGUACCUUUUUCAUACUGAAGGAGGGUUUGGCAAGAGGUUUUGAGAGUGUUGGACUUGUUGAGGAUGCAUUGGUUGGAUAUGAUGAGCUUAGCGUUGGACUUGACUCUGUUGUCAAUGAGCAAGCCGACGAAGGAUCACCUACUAGACAUGGAGGCACGAUGCUCAGUUACACCGAAGAGCUCAAGGAAAUUGUCAACGCGGCUCUUGCCAAGUCACCUGGCGGAAACAAUGCGGACGAGGAGGCUGUUGAUCUCCAGUCAAAUGAGACCAUCAAGGAACAGUUUGACGAGAUCCCUAUCAACGCCACCAAGAAGGCCUACAGAGACAAGAUUCUUGCCAACGAUGUUUCGGUGUUUGACUUCAGAUGCUACAUUUUUGCACGACAGAUCGCACUGCUUUUACGACUAGGAAAUGCUUGGUCAUCCAAGGAAGAUCUGCUAGACAAGCUCAAAGAACAACAAGAAUCUGUCUUGCAUGGAGUUGCUCCUCUAGCACCUCCUCCAAAACCCACUGACGACGUGGAAAACUUGUCUAGUCUUGGUGAGAUAUGUCGAAGGACUUUACAGUUCAUCCCGGCUGUGUCUCAGAUUAUGCGCCGAGAUAUCCUCACUGCUGUGGCAUCAGACAAAUCAGAUGACGACGAGUCACCUAUAGAUCCUAACCUUUCUGAGGUCAUGGACAAUGUCGUCGCUUCAUUUGCCUUCUCUGUUGCUCAGCAGAUCCUUGCGCAAACAGCAUCAAAGUCGCUACCCAUUCCUCCAUCAACCCUCGCGCCUGCUCAGAGCGAAGAGCAAAAGAGCUCCAUCCCUGAGCCCAAGACCAUGAUGCACCCUGCCCGUACCACAUCACUUCAUGUCACAACGGGCCAGGCACCUGGAACUCGUCCCCCACCUAGCCCCGGUGUCUUUCCCGGCCCAGGCAUGCCUCAGAUCAAUAAUGAUCAGGAUGCUCAGUUUCUCAAGGCAGGUCUCGAGGACUUGGCUGCUAGACGCGCCGAGCUUUACAUGCUUUCCCGAAGCAUUCUUGAUGGCCUAGGCAAGAAACGUGGAUGGAGUGAUGGCUGGAAGGAGGCGCCUAUCAUCGCAGAAGCCGAGGCAGAUUUUGAAGAGAUAAGCUUGGAUGACCCGUCUUCGGGAGAUGCUGGUGCUUCAGAAGAAAUUCCACCCUUGGACAUGGGUGUCAAUAACAGCCUUCUUCAAACUGCGAUUGACAACCAGGACAACUUUUACCGUCUGUAUGAGAUCCUCACAGACAAGGCACUUCGACACUAUACUGUCGCAAACCAUGAUCAUGCUGUGCAAGCCAGUAUGGCAGAUCUUGCUGUGCUUAAGUUCUUCCUCGAGGACUUUGGUGCCGCCGCGUCGUAUUUCUAUAGGGCAACGCCUUUCUUUGGUGAGAGCGGAUGGACUUCGCUGGAGCUUUCGAUGCUUGUCAUGUAUCUGCACUGUCUUCGCGAGAUGAAGUCAAAGGAUGACUAUGUCAGGGUCGCUCUCAAGCUAUUGACCAAGUCAUGUGCUGCUGAGCAUGAGAGGCUUGAGCAGCGCUCAAAGAGAGUUUCAAGCAUUGGAAAGCCUGAGCCUGCAGAUGCGAUGUCGAUGAAGGGAGUUGUUGGUAAUCUGUUUGAUUUGGCUUCGUCUCUGUCUCAGCAAGUCAAGGUUCAUCUGUCCAAGUUCUUUACUAAUAUCGAACUUGCUGGCGCUCCUGAGUAUUUUGAGGAAGAGGACAAAUGCUCGCUGACCAUUAACCUCUGGAGUCUACUGCCCGAUGAUAUCAAGCUUGAUGGAAUUGAUGCGCGAAUAACGGCUACCGAGCCAGGACCUACUAGAGAAUUGAAGUUCUCGAGAACAGGAGAGAUUGUGUUACAUCCUGGUCAAAAUUCAAUCACAGUCGACUGCACAUCUGUUAUUCCUGGAAAGUACAAGAUCGAUCAUCUUGGUUUGUCUUCAAGCAACCUCUUCCUUCACUUCGAACGUGAUUUCAACACACCGCCCCCACCAACAAGCGACAUCUUUAGACAUCCUGAGGUCAUCAUCUUCCAACGCGAGGGUGCCCUGGAUGUACAGCUUACAGCUACAAAACAUACUGCCUUGGACAAGAAUAACACUCUGGAUCUUGUCCUUGACCCCGGCUGGAACUCUAUCAAGAAAUGUGAAAUCCGGAUUAAGCCAACCACAGGCGGUCUCAGACUGUUGACCAUUGAAGCCAAGGUUGUCGACUCCUCGGUUGAGUUCGCAAAGAAGCCUGAAUCUGGUGGUGUCAUUCAUUUCAAUGAGAUUGAGGCCGAGACGCCUGUUACCUUGCGCUUUCCUUACUCGGUUGAGCAGGAUAUGGCUGAUGUUUCCGCCAAGGUCGACGUCUCUUACACUGUUGAGUCAGGUGAGAAGUACACCUUUGCCAAAUCAAUCAUGAUUCCUAUCUCCUUGGCUUUGGGCGUCAACGUGCAGGAUGUCUUCAAGCAUCAAGCCCUCUACUCCCGCUUCAAUGUGUCUACUGCGAGCCACAGUCCUCUACGCCUUUACAAGAGCGAGUUGAUAGAGUCGGACUUGUUCGAAUCUGAGUUUGGUGUUCCGCCUACUGACUCAACGAUCGUGUUCUCGAAGCAACCCGCUACAUUGCUUUAUCGUGUCAAGCGAAAGGCCAACGUCAGAUCAGCCAAGCGAGCUGCGAGGACUAUGUAUCUGAAGCUUUACUACAAUGUUCUUCAGACAGAGAUCGAGGACGCUCUUGUGAAUUCGAUAUUCGAGGCCCUCGACGAUCCUGGUUUGUCUUCGUUCUCUAAGCUCAUUAGGGCAGUAGUCACUAGAGAAGCAAAGACAUUGUUGCCCAUUGAUCUCGAACGAGCUGCACUACUAGGGGCGGUAUCUACCAGCUUCCUAGCUGAGGCACCGUGGGACAAGCACUUUGCCGGCAUUGGAAAGGUACCUGGCACGGAGCAAGAUGCAACAGAGAGAAUCUCAUCUGCUGUCAAAGCCUGGCAGAUUUCCAACGCACAAGUCCCAAUUUCAGCAACCCAGCCAGAUGAUCCAUGCACUCUUCUCAUCCCAGUCGAGAUUCCUUCACUGCCUAUCCUUCACACAGCCGAUAUACAGCUUCAAACUCCAGUGACAGAGCUGCUCGACCAGAAGCCAGGCGUGGUUCCCACCGUAGCUAUCAACCAAAUGCUCCCAGCUACCCUUCACCUAAAAUGGACACAGGUCUGGGACACUGAGAUGCAGCACAAGAAGGACAUAGAAUACAGCUACGAAGUCUCCGCUCCGGGCGACACAUGGCUUCUCGGCGGUCGUCGCAAAGGCCACUUCGUCAUUCCUGGCUCCAAGAAGGAACCCCUCUCUUCAUCAUCCGACACAGAGGCUCAAGUUCCUCUCAUCUUGAUCCCUCUUCGCGAAGGCUGGCUGCCAUAUCCUACCAUUGAGAUUCGCGAGGUAAAAGAUGGUGUUGAGAAUGAGGCGCAAACGUGCGAGUUGGACUUUAGAAACCUGGGUGAGUCGAUACGGGCUGUUUGUGAGAGGAAGGGCGUUACUGUUAGCUUGGAUGCGAGCGGGCCUGGAGGAGGGCCGUUGGUGUUGGAAAGUGAGGAACCUAAUCGGGAGAGAGGGAGGAUAGUUGCUUAG